GCACACUCGUUGUUAGAGAUUCCGCGCGAAACAUCGAAAAAGCAGGCCGUUUAUUUGGUUGGAAAGAACAUUAAGAAGCACAUUACGAGUAUAAGAAGAUUUCAAAAUGUUCCUUGGAUUCCCAUUAAAAGUGCUUGUAUUGGUUACAGUGGUGAUACGAAUAGGAAUGGCUAACGACCCUUUCAAGAACCAUCACGGUCCCGUUGGUGCCGUCGAGGCGCUGAAGAAUUCACAAAUACCCAUCGAUGCAAACUCGUUCAAUCCGGAUUUCACGUCUGAAAUCCAAAACGUAACGGUGCCUGUGUCAAGGGACGCAACGUUUAGGUGCUCCGUGAACCGGCUCGGUGGAUACAGGGUUGGCUGGGUAAAGGCGGACACAAAGGCCAUCCAAGCUAUCCACGACCACGUGAUUACUCAUAACCCUCGCGUUUCCGUCACUCACCGCGAUCACACCACGUGGAGUUUACACAUCAAGAACGUGCAAGAGGAGGAUAGAGGGCAGUACAUGUGUCAAAUUAACACCGAUCCGAUGAAGAGUCAGACCGCCACACUUGACGUCACUGUACCACCGGACUUCAUAUUCGAGGAGACAUCUGGUGAUGUUGACGUACCGGAAGGGGGGACAGUCAAACUAACUUGCAAAGCUAAAGGUCAGCCAGAACCUACUAUUGUAUGGAGAAGAGAGAGUGGAGAAGACAUCGUCUUUAGAGAUCACGGUGGCGGUUUGCUUAAAACGCCAUCAUUUCGCGGGGAAAUUCUGAAACUUCCCAAAGUAUCGAGGUCGGAGAUAGGGGCGUACCUGUGCAUAGCAUCGAAUGGAGUGCCUCCCUCUGUCAGCAAGCGGAUUCUGCUCAACGUAAAUUUUAACCCAGUGAUUCAAGUACCCAAUCAACUCGUCGGAGCCCCCCUCGGUACCGAUGUUAUGUUGGAAUGCUACGUCGAGGCCUCUCCCAAAGCGAUCACGUUUUGGAUGAAGGAUCAAGACGAAAUGAUGGUUUCCAGUAGCAAGUAUGACGUGGACCAAAUAGCAACGUCAUCCUUCGAGAUCAAAAUGAUCGCGGUCGUCAAAAAUUUUCAAAAAGAAGAUGUCGGCACCUACAGAUGUAUGGCUAAAAAUUCUCUCGGCGAAGUUGAAAGUAACAUUCGCCUUUACGAUAUUCCAGAUCCAAAUGGAAAAAGUUCGCCGUAUGACGAUCAAGAUUACGUAGAUCAAACAGGUUCUGCGGAAAAUGAGCAUGAAAGACGUCGUUCUCCUCGUAUACACGAGCGAGGUCGAGCUGAUAAAAACACUGGGACAGCUCGUCAUGCUAAUAUUUAUAAGGAAAAUCGAGUACCAAUUGAAAUAAUGGCGGUGUCGCGAUCUGAAAGGAGCGCGAUCAGUAUUUUAUUGAUAAUAUUGUUAAUGAUCGUGUAUGUUAUCGAGAUGGCUGUGGCUAUAUGAAUGCGAAUGAUUCGGAAAUCCAUUUGUAGCGACAAUAACGUACGUCAUAUGUGUACCCCUUGCGCUCCCUGACUUCACUGUAAAUACCUUUUCCGUUAUGUCGUGGCUUAACCAAAGGGUGCAGCGUUCCAGGCCGGCGAAGGAUGGAUGACCAUAACAUGUUUGUUGCCUUAAAAAGUAUUAGACGGUUAACGAGAAAUUUAGACUAUUAUAACGACAUUGUUAUUGUCGGUUACGGUUAGCAACAUUAUUUAUUGUUACAGUUAUUUUCGUCGUGGUGCGAGUUCUUCGCGUUAAUAAGAGACAAAACUUUGGGGACGAACUGAAUACGAAGGGAGAAGCGCUGCCGUGGUUAGAUAAGGAAGGGUUGAAAGUUGAUUGACAGUUAGGAAAAAUUCAAUUUUUGUUUGAAAGAAUAAUUUUGUCACAAUUCAAUUGAAGAUUUAGAAAUCCAAAAAUGGAAUAUUAUCCAGAGCAAAUGGAGGGUGAACGCCGAGAAUCGGAAAAUAAUAAAAUUCGGCCCAAUUAAAAAUGGAAAGAUGCUUUCUAAUUGUGAUUAAGGAUAAUAGCAUAUUCAAUUCGGUCGGCUGGGUAGGUUCUGGGGGAUUUUCCCUCCCUCGAGACAAUCGAUAAAUUUUGCGCCACUUUACGUGCAUAUCGCGGAAUUAUAUGAGAGAGCUCGGGCUCCAUCUAUUGUUAUACCCGAGACAGUACCUUCUGUUUCAGAAAUCACUUUCGCGUAGGCAUUCACCUAAUUCUUGUUCGUUCGAGCGCGAUUCACAAACCCGCUUUUUUUCGCCGGUAUUUUUAUAUAGUUUCGGUUUCGAUUUAAACUUGCAAUUCUCCCUAAGAAAUAUAAUCUCAUAUAGACAGAAAACUUUUUAAAUCUCUUUCCUUCUAGGGGGUAUUUUUACUUCUCCAACUUUUCUCGACUUUUUUCGUUUGCGAAAAUAUUAAAUUAUCCCCACACUUACACUUUAAGAGAGAACUCAAUUUUUCGAUAUUAAGAGGGAAAAAUCGAACUCUAAAGCGUCCAAAAUGCCGAUUCGUUAAUAUCCACUAAAAACGUUCCCGACACAAUUAAACGAACAUUCAUAUAAAUAUCACAUUUAUUGUCAAUGUUUUAAUUAAUAUUUAUGAUAUAUUUAUAACAGAGUGUCCUCAUAACCCCUCUAAUUAUACUAAUUGAACGUAUAAAGAUAGACUUUAUAUAUAUAUAUAGGUUUAAAUGUUUGUGUGUUUGUUUAAGCUAUACAUCCAUUAAAAAUACAUUUGAUUGGGAACACAACAAUAAUAUGUAUUAUGUUUCCUGAAAUUGGAACUGUUUACGUACGAUGAUAGGGUAAACCAUUUGGAAUUGCGGCUGCGGCUUGUUACUCGCUGUCGUACGAUAACCCAGGCGAAUGCGAUUGUGGGAUUUUGAUCCUUUAGAAUGAAAGGAAGGUCUGGAAGGUCCAGAGUGAUUUGUGGCCAUACGGAAACUACCUUGAUCAUUUCGUUCGGUGUCAGGUGUUAUCGUAAGCUGGAGAGUCGCCAGGGAAGACGCCGCCGGGCGUCGCGUCCUAUUCAGCACAGAUUUCGGGGUAAAUGUAGCUGAGAAAUUGGUAAAAAACGACCCAUCUUUAUAGAUCACCCGGCCAUUGUUCGCGCGCCUGCAGUCGCCGACCAGGUUUGCCGAUUAACGAUUAAUGUAUUGAGAGACACGGUCCAUUGUUAUGGCUUUUCUAUGUCAAUGAAUGAGCCGCUAUUAAAUAUGGCGAACUGAAAGGCAGGAAUUGUCAUCUUGAUAUACCGCGCAUUAUGCACGCCUCGGCGGUCCCACUUCAUUGUCCAUCCUAGCAAUUAUAGAUUCCGCGAUUUCCUUGCAUCUUUAUUCCAGCAUCCUUCCACUUUCCAUCCAACUUCUCUUAUCCAUCAUUCACUUCGCUUUCUUUUUAUAUUUAAAUAACACUUAGCCACUGAAUUGGUUUAAUCAAUUUCAUCACCUUCAUUUUGCUCCUAAAUACUUAAAAUUAAUUUAAAAAUGUUAUGCUCUCAAAUAUCUUAUAUUUCUAUUGGUUUAAUCAAAAAUGGUCCCAAUCGCCUUCCUAAAUGCUUAGAAUGAAUUUAAAAAUUUUCUGCUUACCAUAAUUUUCGAAUUUGCAUAGCUACAUUUAAAAAAAUUGAUGAUCUGGAUGAGAUAGGGUUAUUAUCUGCUAUAAAUUUACCUUUUAUUAUUAUGGUGUUAUUGCAAUUUUAUUAAAUGUUGGAAAGAUGGUGUAAUUUAGUAGUAAUAUAAAAUAGUAUGAAAUUUGGCUUAAUUAAUCUUGUAUUAAUAAGUUAUAAUCUUUUAUUAGUAAUAUCUUGUAUGCUGUCAGAAGUAUCUAGUCUUCUACCACCAAUAAAGUGGUGUUUAAAGUGGUGCCAGCAGUCUUUGUCUUAUAAAAAGAAGCUUUGGUCUUCAAUUCAUAGUAGCCAGAAGUAUCCCUCAAAUCCUGUUAAUCCCCUGAAAACAGUAUCUAGCUUUUGUCAGCAAUACCUAGUUUUUUGAUAAUACUAUCUUAGGUCUGCAAGAACCUAAGAGUCUGCUACCAGUAGUGUUUAAUAUUUUAUAAGAAAAGUCUAGUGUUCUAUUGUUAGUGUCUUUUUCCGAGCACUGUUUAAUUUUUUUCCAGUAAAUUCUAGUCAUUUAGUGGCAGUAUCUAGUCUUUCGGCAGAUAUAUGUAGUUUUCUGCUAGCUAUAUCUAUGCAAAUAUAUCAUCUAAAUUACCCAUUUGCAUUUUGAUUAGAUAAAUAAGUAAUUAUGUAGAUUAUUUUACAAACCAUACAUUAUAGGGAUUCACAAAUAUCCCUUCAAAUAAUUAAAAAUUUCGUUGAUAAUUCAAGAUAUCCUUCCACUUUCAUCUAAUCAACUUCUCUUAUCCAUCAUUCACUUUGCUUUCUUUUUAUAUUUAAAUAACACUUAGCCACUAAAUUGGUUUAAUCAAUUUCAUCACCUUCAUUUUGCUCCUAAAUACUUAAAAUUAAUUUAAAAAUUUUAUGCUCUCAAAUAUCUUAUAUUUCUAUUGGUUUAAUCAAAAAUGGUCCCAAUCACCUUCCUAAAUACUUAGAAUGAAUUUAAAAAUUUUCUGCUUACCAUAAUUUUCGAAUUUGCA